AUGGUGGUGCCACCUCAAUAUGUGCAACCACUUGAGACCAGAGCACAGCACAACUCGAAUAUCUCUUCAAGCAAUGAUUGUGAUGCACCCACGCCUCCUGUUAUUGAUCUCAGCAAUGCUGACAUUAUCCGUGACCAGUUGGGGCUAGCCUGCAGAGAAUGGGGAGCCUUCCACAUUAUCAACCAUGGAGUUCCAAUCAGAUUGUUGGAUGACAUGAGGACUGCAGGCCGCUCCUUUUUUGAGGGCUGCUCUAUGGAUCAAAAGCUCAGUUAUUCGUGCGACGCCAAUUCCCCUGCAUCUGAGGGCUAUGGCAGCCGCAUGCUAGUUGCAUCAAAUGACACAGUUUUAGAUUGGAGGGAUUAUUUUGAUCACCAUACUUUACCCCUUUCCAGGCGCAAUCCAUCCCGGUGGCCCCACUUUUCACCCAAUUACAGAGAAGUUGUAGCAGAGUAUAGUGAUGAAAUGAAAGUACUUGCUCAGAGGCUACUGGGUUUGAUCUCCGAAAGCCUAAGCCUGCCUUCUUCAUGCAUUGAAGAGGUCGUAGGGGAAUUCUAUCAGAACAUCACCAUCAGUUAUUAUCCUCCUUGCCCACAGCCUGAACUUACUCUUGGUUUGCAAGCACACUCUGACAUGGGUGCAAUAACCUUUCUCAUCCAAGAUGAUGUGGGGGGCCUUGAGAUCUUGAAGGAUGGAGAAUGGAUAUUCGUAAAUCCCCAAUCUGAUGCCAUCUUUGUUAUUUUGGCUGACCAAACUGAGAUUAUAACCAAUGGAAAGUAUAUAAGUGCUCAACAUCGGGCCAUAACUAAUGCCACCAAUUCCCGGAUUUCAGUUGCUACAUUUCAUGACCCCGCAAAAACAAGGAAAAUACACCCAGUGUUUAAACCACCUAAAUAUCAUGAGUUGCUUUCACUUUUCUUCUGGGGGAUUAAGCUCGAUCAUGGAUUGGUUAGAGAAUAUUGA